UUUGCACCGGAAUACACCGGCGGUAUCUCUCAUAACCUGUUUUUCUUUUUUUUUUUUUUUUUCUAAAUUUUUUCUCCGAACAAGCAGUCGACUAUCUUCGGGCAUCGUUCCUCCCGCUCAUCCCUUUACGAUGACCUGCCCAGACUUCACGCUCAUCACCGCUACGGCCAGCACCACCUUCAGCUGCGGACAGCGAUGACCGAGCGAUGACUGAGGGAUGACCGAGGGAUGACUCUGGCCACCUGCGCACGGACCGAGAGGGACCUGCUCCGUCACGUCGGAAGGCAAACGAGGUCCAGGCAUCUGAGCAGACCGAGCGAUGGCGUCACCGGCGCGGCCCUGGGUGGGAGCGCGCGCCUCGACUUCGGUAUAAAUAGAUAAAGUUUCCAGGCAACAGCUGGGGGAUGCAGUCACUGCACCUGGAGGCUCGAGAGCGCGGAGCGCACGGGAGACACACGACGAGAGCGCGCGCCGAGCCCCGGGCUGUCACGUGUUGACGGGUCCGUAACGACUGCGGUGUCUCGAGGCGGCGGCGCACGCGGACUCCUCUGCGCAGCACCAUGGAGCGCGUCAAGGUGAAGGUGAGAGCGGCCGUGUACCUGGGCGUCUGUCUGUCCGUCUUCUCGGCGCUCUGCCGCGGACAGGGUCACGUGGCUUCGGACCCCGAGCCGUCUUCGCAGGAGGACCCGCCUCACGUGGGAUACAUGGCGGCCAGAGAGCUGGCGGAGGCGCUCGGGGGUUUGCUGGAGGGAGAGCAGGACCACCGGAUAUUUUUGGAGAAAAAGGCCAGUGUGAUCCCGCGGUGCGACGUGGGCGAGCGCUGUGCCAUGAAACACGGGCCGCGCAUCGGACGCCUCUGCGACUGCCUGCGAGGAACUGCGUGCAACUCCUUCUUCCUGCGCUGCUACUGAUCCUCGGACCGCAGAGUCCACCUUCCCUUUGUCCUUGUCCACUCCUUCCAGCAUCUGCUCUCCGUGACCCGUCCUAAUAAACGAAAACCAUCCGCUGGUCCUCCCCGUGUAGCAAGUCUGGCUUUUGUUCUCUCUGCAUGUGCAACUUUGUCUUUAUAUUGUCUGAUGCUCCUUACCUCACGGUACCAUUGAAUGUUUGGUUAACCGAUUUAUUUUUGUUUAGAAAAUAAAAUUCUAGAAAGCAGAAUGUCAUGUGUGAACUGUU